GAGGAAAUGGCCUGAUGUAUGCGUCUUCCAAAGCAUUUGCCAUCACUUGGUAAAACAGCAUGGGGCUAGACUCCCCUCUGAUGCACGACAGGCGAUCGCAGACAGCGGCGUGGAACUACCCAAUGACUAAGAAUGUGACGGUGAUGGGAACGGGGUUGCUACCAGUUAGGAUGGAGGUCGAGACUUUGGGUCUCGCCAGGGAUUGACGAUACCACCAGGCUGGUCAGCCCGGUCAAGAAUACAAAAGAUCGCCGACUCCCGCAUGGCGUUUAGGAGAUGAGAUCUUAUGUUGUACAUUCUCCUGUUUUUCUUUGCGGUCUCUGUUGAAGGUCUGGCACCGUCUUCUUUCUUUCUGUCUAUCCAUUUCUUGGGUGGUUGGUUUCAUUCGUUGUUUUUAGAUACCCUGUCGUCUUUUGUCCUUUCUUUUUUGAAUCUUCGAGAUGCGGUCAACACUUCUGGCUCUGGCCCUGGCGGCGUCGGCGACGCGGGUCUUCGCAUCAUGCGCCCACGGGACAUUCCUACGGCCCCGUGCCGAGAACGGAACGGUUGAAAUCGCGACGUUUGGAUACACCGGCAACAUUGGUCCACUCAACUGGGCGGCACUGGAGGCCCCGGUCAACAGCGUGUGCGCCACCGGCACCAGGCAGUCACCCAUCGACAUGGUCGACGGCGUGUUUACCCUCCUCCAGGGGUCCGACAUCCAGCUGACCGUCAACGACAUGCCCGAGGGCGCCGACUUUGAGAACCUGGGAACCACAGUAGAGGUCAUCACGCAGGGCGGAACGCUCCAAGUCGCCGACAAGACUUUCGAGUUGCAGCAGUUCCACUUCCACCUGCCGAGCGAGCACCUGGAUGCCGGCACCAGCCAAGCGAUGGAGAUGCACAUGGUCUUCCAGUCGGCAGCCCAAGAAAUUGCCGUCAUCGGCGUCUACAUCAACGUCAACGACGCACCCGCUGCUUCUGCCGCCGCCGCUGCUGCUGCCACUACCACCAAGACAAAACGCUCGCGCUCCCGCAUCUUCGGCCGCCAGGACCCAGCAUCAAACAACACCGCCGCCGCACCCGCAACCACAACCCCAACAGCCCUCCUCGAAACCCUCUUCUCCACAGUCGAUCAGAUUUCCACACCAGGAACCAAAGUCAAGACCCCGCCCCUGGUCAUGUCCGAGGUCGUCGACUUCCUCAAGGCCAACGCCUUCCAGAUCUACUCGGGCUCCCUCACCACGCCGCCCUGCUCCGAGGGCGUCAGCUGGCACGUCUCAACCGCCCGGCUGAGCGUCACCCCUACGUCGUUCGCCAAGGUCAGGGACGUGAUCGGGUUCAACGCGCGGUUCCCUCAGAAUACGCCGGGCCAGCCGAAUAUCUUAAUGCUCUCGGCCUUGGGGUCGGCCGCAGCUGCUGUGGCGGCGGCCGCGGCGCCGGCUGCGCCAGUUGCUUGAAGGGAGGGCUGGUGUUGGUGGUUGUGUGGAUGGAGGAAGGGGAGGCGGUUGUCUUGUAUGGGUUCAGCAGCAGGCAGGAAGAUGAUAGAGGACGCGAUUUAUGCGAGUAUGGCAAUAGACGGGCGGAAAUUAGGUAUUUGGAUUCCUCGCUUACCUGGUAACUUGCCCGGUUUGUUCCAGGUUCUUUGUUCGUGUCCGAUAUGUUGUGUGGUUGCUGGUUACGGAUGGUUACAACGUGGUCCAAGUCUUCAACAAUGUGAAUCAUGUUCCGUUCAACGCCUUUGCGACAUAUAUCUCAG